AUGCCGAAAUCGCAAACAGAAAUGCGAUUCCGAUACAAAUGGCUGCAAGCCUUGCGUGGUAAGAGCGCGACUCAUCUCCCUAUCAGAAACACAUGGCUUCUGCUAACCCGCCCAAAGCAGUCAGGAAAUGAGUGCUAUGUUGAGGAUCCCGAUACAGGCAGAACAGUCCCUAGAGCAUAUGUCCAGCGACUGGAGGAACAUGCCCAGAAGCUCCGUGAGGCUCUCAAAAAGUUGUCCAGCGAUCCUCCGCCUAAAGACGCCUCAACGCCGGUGAACCACCCCGAACGAAAGCGACAAAAUCCCCCGGUCUCAAACAGACGCUAUCUCGGCACCUCUUCUGGAAUCGCCUUCAUCGAGUACGCCAUUACCUUCGCAAAGACACGUCACAUCCUUGAUGGUUCGCGGGGUCUCGCGUCCCAACCCAACAGUCAAGCCCACACGGAUUCAAAACGCCUGAUUGAUAUUCUGUCUCCAACUCCCGCGCAUGCCAACUUAGACCGCGAGACGGUAUCGAGGUUAUUCGACUAUUUUUCUGUCACACAGUGGUUCUACAGAAUCCUGACGCGCGAACAGUUUGACUUUCAUCUAUCUCGCUUUUUCUCAGAUACGCCGAAUGAGUAUCCCGAAUCCGGCAUUGUCAUUCACGCAAUCUCGGCCAUUUCCACAUUCUAUCUAGGCGCUAUGGAGGGGAAUGCCAUGGCGUCGAAUCUCGCAGAGAUGCAAUACGAACGAGCUCUGCACUUGCUUCCGAACAUUCUGCCCUACCGCACCAUCGGGACUCUCCAGAUCAUACUGCUUGUCCUCCUCUAUUCCUUGGUCAACCCCCAGAAAUCUGUCACUUGGCAUCUACUGGGUGCUGCCUUACGCCUUGCAACUUUCCUUCGUCUUCAUGAAGACAACCUCACACCAGCGGCGACAGACAGUGCUAAAGAUGCGAGUGCUCGGCGGGAUUUGUUCUGGUCGCUGUACAGCAUUGACCGAGCCGUGGGGAAUACCUUGGGUCGGCCCACAGCAUUACAGGAUGUAGAUAUCCGCACACCCUUUCCCGAGAUUACUCCAGCUAGUCUACACGACUCCUCUUCGGCGCUCAAUGCCGCAGCUGCCAACCACUGCUUUUUACUCCGAAGGUUACAAAGUGAGGCAGCCGAUGUGCUCUACCAGAAGACCAGACCAAUGCCAGCUGAUUGGCACAACAAUAUCCAGAGACGGCUUGAUGCGUGGCUGGUUGAGGCGCCCUUGUCACAAUCUUCGCCUCAAAUGGAGGAUUGGAUUAACCAUGCUUAUCACAACUUGACCAUGUUCAUUUAUCGGCCAUCCUUGAUCAGUUCAAGUUCUUUUGAAGGAGCAUACCAACGAUCCUUUGCCUCAGCCUCGAAUGUUCUGAAGCUCUACGCGAAGAUGCAUUCACGUAAUGCUAUCGAUUGCACUUGGAUGGCAUUCCACUGGCUCUUCCUCGCCGCAGUCACGCAUCUCUUCUGUAUAUGGACCAGUCCCGAAAUCAGGGCCAUCGCCGACUGGAAAGAAAUUAACGAGGAUUUGCAGAGGACACGCAUGGUACUCUCAGCUAUGGCGGAACACUGGCGGUAUGGCAAAAAGAUUCUCGACAUUUACUGUCAACUCUGUGAAGGCACUAUUCGCCUUUUUGUACAGCUGAUUCCAAUCACUGGGAUCGAACAAGACCAUGAUCAACAAGCAACCGGGCAAGUAAGUUGGCCCGGGAAUUCUGCGCGGGAAGCAGGAAUCGAUGCAGCAUUCCCAGCUCCUCUGCCCAUGCACGCAUCUAUCGACCAAACCAGCACUUUCCAGUUUGAUGAUACCCUCAUGAACGAUGACCUAGGGCAUUGGUUGGAUCAACCCAUCAUUGGGGAUGGUACAGAGAACGGCGCUGCCAUGCUCUACUCGAACUUGGAUUCUAUGGGAAACGAGUUGGACCCAUGGUUCUAUCGAAUGUGA